UUUGUCAGCAUCUUGCUUCAUUUCUGGCAAGCGCGCUCCGUGGAAUGAUGCCGCACUACGAUCAAUGGAUCAGAAGAGAGACUAUUCGAGCGAAGGCUGGAGGAUGUUCCGAGUUGCCAAACUGAGAGGCAUCCGCUCAGCCGAACUUAUGUCAAAGACAGACCGGACAAACGCGCAACUUUCGUUCGCCCCCCUCCGAGCACUUAUCUCCGGAUUCAUCUACUUUAUCCUUGAACCGCACUCCACCCGUAUUCCGAUCCGCCUCCCGCUACGGUAUCGCGCCUCUUUGCUUCUGCCACCUCUCCUGCCUUGCAUCGUACUGUCCCUCCAUGUCUUACCCCGGCUUGAGU